CGAGAUUGGCAGUGGGAGAAGAAGGGGAAACGCCUUCUGUUACCAAAGAAAAGUUAGAAUUCAUGAGCAAAAGUCAAGAAUUCCACGCAGAGCCUGAGCCACAGACCACCCAACAUGCUAAACACCGAAAAGUGGAGAGAGUUGUGUUUACAAAAGGGAAGAACAACGCCCCUUGUCCCAAGGACGACGCAAAGAAGGUGGAGAAUAACGCGCCGCCAGACAUUCCGGCACAAGAUGACAUCGGACUCUUGCAGUUUGGCUUUCAAAGGAAGGAUGCUAACCCAGUUGUGGAUUUUCAUGUUAAGCACCAGUUUGCUGACAGUACUUGCCGAUUUUACUGCAGUAUCUAUUACGCGGAGCAAUUCAGAUCUCUGCGAAAGAGGAUCUUUCCUGACGGCGAGGAGAAGUACAUCCGUUCCCUGCAGCAUUCAGUUUCAUGGGGAGCACGUGGUGGAAAAUCCGGAUCUGCCUUUUUCAAGUCAUUCGAUGACCGGUUUGUCAUGAAGCAGAUGUCAAGACUGGAGUUGCAGUGUUUUCUGGAGUUUGCACCACACUACUUCUGCUACAUCAAUAAAGCUCUAGAUGAACAGCGACCGACCUUGUUGGCAAAGAUCCUGGGGAUAUACAGGAUUGGUUACAAGAACUCACAGACAGGUGCUACGAUGAGACAGGAUGUGCUUGUUAUGGAAAAUUUGUUUUACGACCGCAAAAUCGACAAGACUUUCGAUUUAAAAGGUUCCAUGAGAAGCCGGUACGUUCAGACUUCCGGGAUGAAGAACGAUGUAUUACUGGACGAGAACCUGCUUGAAAUGAUCCGUGAGUGCCCGAUAUUUAUCCGCCCGCAUUCCAAAGCCAUUCUCUCACGUGCUAUUCACAACGACACCGAGUUCCUUGCUCAGCAGAUGGUGAUGGAUUAUUCACUGUUGGUAGGCAUAGACGAAGCCCGGUCUGAACUGGUCACCGGAAUCAUAGAUUUUAUUCGAACAUUCACUUGGGAUAAGAAGUUGGAGAUGUACGUAAAAGCCAGCGGCAUUCUUGGAGGCCAAGGAAGAAUGCCUACAGUAGUGUCCCCGGAGUUGUACAGGACACGAUUCACUGAGGCCAUGCACAGAUACUUUCUUAUGGUCCCUGAUAAAUGGACAGGGCUUGGAAGUGACCUUGACUAAGGGGCCAUUGUAGACGUGUACCUCUCAUCAAAGCCUUGUUCAAAUACUUUAGUGGUGAUUUCAAAAUAAUGGACCGUGCUUGGAAGUGAACACGUUUAAGAUACCGCCAUGUUGUCCUCAUUUUACUUUGGUGCAUGAUUCACGGAAGCCUCCCAUAGGUGCUUUAUUAUGGUUCUUAGUUGAGAAAUAGUCCGGUUCUGAAUAAGGGACUUCUUUGCUGUUGCUCGAGAUGCUGGGAACUGAUUGGACGGCAUCCAUUUUACACAAAUCCCUCUUACAGUCGCUUCUAACUGUACCUGCAAUUGCUGGGAUACGUUCUGGGAUUAGAGGAUACAGCAGAUCAAGAUACGAACGCUUUUUGCCACAGACGAUCAUUCUUAGACAAAUAUACUUGCAUACUUCAGGGGAAGGGGGCUACAUGUUCCCUUAUUGACGGUGUUUGUAAUUGAAUCUAUAAUUUAUGUAACGAAAAGUUUGUAUAGAAUUUAAUGAAAUUGUAAAUUAUUUGUAGAAAUGAUGAAUGGAGAGGAAGAUUGACAUUUUCUUAUUAAAACAGAGAUAACGAAAAUGAUACGCGCAUAUUGAAAAAAAUGUUGAAACUGAUGGGGUAAUGUUUGUUAUUCUAGUGGUUUCUAUGUAUAUUUGGGCAGCCUUUAUUAAUUUUACUUUUUUUUUUCUUAAUGUGACAUUUUGUCAAUGUUAGACUUGUCAUCAGACAGGUGUGUUAAUAAAUUAAGAGAUAACGAAACACAAUUUUUAUGAUUAAAGAGCAGAAAGGGGUAUCUUAUUGAGCGGAAAUAAAAAAUGUUACUACCGCGUUUGGCGCAAAUUUAUAACUUGGAAUUUAGGAAAUGGAGCUGCUUAGUAAAAGCCCGUUUUAAUGCAGUGAAUCACACACCAC